AUGAGUUUGGUGGUUUGGAAUGAAACUGAUGGAGGCAAUACUUCACUGUGCACAAAUAUCGAUAACGAGCUCAAUGCUUAUUAUGUCCCUGCAGUCUAUGGGAGCACUUUUGUGAUUGGUGUGGUCCUUAAUUCUGUGGCCGUUGUGGUGUACUUGUUUGCUCUGAAAGAGUGGAACAGGAGCAACAUUUUCCUGUUCAACUUGCUCCUGGCUGAUCUCCUUUACCUGUUCAAUCUGCCCUUUUUAGUCUCGUAUUACAAAAACAGGGGCAUCUGGUACUUUGGAAACUUCUACUGCAAAUUAAUGAGGUACCUCUUUCACGCCAACUUGUACACCAGUAUCCUCUUUCUUGGCUGUGUCAGCAUGGACCGAUAUCUUCUCAUUGCACAUCCCAUAAAAUCCGCUCAGAUAUUCAAGAAGUGGCACGCGGUUCUCAUUUGCCUGAUAGUGUGGGUCAUCGUCACCCUGGAGCUCCUGCCUAUGUUUUUCUUAAUCACAACUGAAAACCUCACCAACUCCACGGACUUGAAGUGUCUCGACUAUGCUAGCUCCGGGAAUGUGCAUGCCACUUUUAUUUUCAGCAUGGCGCUAACGUUUACCGGCUUGCUGUUGCCCUUUGGGAUCCUGGUGUUCAGCUACAUCCUUGUCAUACGUGUUCUUAAGGACAUGCAGCAGAGAUUCCAGAAUGCAGAUAAGGUGGGCAAACCCUUGACCCUCAUCUUGUUCGCCAUGGUGCUCUUUUCCAUCUCCUUACUUCCUUACCAUGUAAUGAGAAAUGUGCGCAUAGGCGCCCGGAUGCUCUUCGACCAGAACAGCUGUCCCCUCAUCAUCUGCAGGUCCCUUUACAACAUCACCAGGCCCCUGAGCAGCCUGAAUAGCUGCCUGAAUCCCGUCUUCUAUUUUCUGGUUGGAGACAGCUUCAGGGAUAAACUACUGUCCUGGUUCAAGAUAAAAACGAACCACAAACAGAACAGCGAAUCAACCACUUCAGGCUGAGUGUUUUAUUGACACAUCAUCGACAUCUUUUUGACAAGGUGGGGAUGGGCCAAUAAAUAUGCACUAAGUGAAAUUCCUCUUUUCUAAAUGAAAAUCCACAUCCAGAAUAGGGUGUAGUUUUAGUCGCCACGUUAUAGAAAAGAUAUUUCUUGGUCAUUUUAGUUCAUAUGGCUUUACAUGGCUCGGAGUGAUCAGAGGAUCCCAUCCACCUGUCUCUUGAAAUUAGCCCAGGGCUAUUGUCUUCAACAACAGCUUCAGUAGGAAGCUUGCUCAAUGCUCAAUACUUUGCAGGGAAAAGCACCUCCUCUUCUCCAUCUCAAAUGCUCUUUCACAUACAAGUAGUUUCCAAUUGUGUCCUUUGGUUUGACUUUUUACUGGUGAUUUUGAAGAAGCCCGCUGGUUUGAUUGUCAUUGCUUUUGAUGAUGUUGAACAAAUUAGGUCUCCUCGUAGU